AUCUUAUCUUAACAUUCACCAUGACCUAUGAAUAGUUAUAAAGGUAGGAAACCUCCAACUCUGACUGCAAAUGUAAAUCUAUCUAUACCAACAGAAAACAAAAGAAAAAACAUGGAGAAGCAAAAUUUAGAUAAAGUACUAUUGGGAGAAAGACUAUCAAUAGACGAGGAAAUGGUUCCGGGAACCAUCCACCUUAUUGAUCUUGAAGGUGUUCUCAACGUGAAGAAGGACCUGGGUUCUCAAAGCAAUAUUAUCUUGCAACCACAGCCUUCACUGAACCCAAACGAUCCCUUGAGAUGGCCCAAACUGAAAAAGAUUGCCCAAUUUUCUCUCUUGUGGCUUUGGUCUUUCGUGCAGGGAGCUGGAAUCAAUUGGGCUGGACCACUUUUUACUAUUUGGACAGAAGAAUUUAAUUGUACCUUUGCGCAACUUAACAUUGCAGCUGCCAUUUGUUUUGCCUUUUUAGGAAUUGGAAGUGUGUUUUUGCAACCAACUGCAAUGAAAUUGGGUAGAAGAUUUGUUUACCUAGCAAGUACAUUCGUUGUCAUUAUAUCCAAUAUAAUUGGAUCUCAGGGGAAUUCUGUACAAAUAUUGUAUGUGGUGAAUUUUCUUUCUGGAUUUGCCACUGCACCAGGUGAUACUCUAGUUGAAAUAUCUACCACAGAUGUAUUUUUCCAACACGAAAGAGCCCUGUAUUUAUCAUGGUUCGUCUUGUCCCUUUAUGCUGGUUCAGACUUGGGCCCAGUGGCAAGUGGAUACAUUGUACAAAACUUGCAUUGGAGAUGGUGCUAUUACAUUCAAGUAAUCAUCCUGGGAGUUAUCUUGAUUCUUCAAUUGUUUUUCAUGGAAGAUACAACAUUUGAAAGGAGAGAAACAGAAGAAUUAGAAGAUACAAUUAUGCAACAAAUAAAGUCUAGAGAAACAAUUCUUCUGGCGGUUCAAAGUGGUCAACUUUCUCAAGCGAGAGUUAACUCGGAUGAUAAGCUUAAUGCCAUUGUUUCAGUCAAUAACUCAAUUAAUACCGAUGAUGACUCCAUAGAUUAUUCAAUCCCCAAGAGAACUUAUUGGCAAAAGAUGAGAUUAGUUGAAACUGAAUACAAUGAUUCACGUUCAUGGCUUACGAUUUUCUAUAGACCAUUUUUCCUUUUUACCAUCCCAGCAGUGAUGUGGGGUGGUCUUGUAUAUGGAUCUCAAAUGAUGUGGCUUUCUCUCUUGGCUACCACUCAAUCUCAAAUCUUUAGUGUUGCCCCCUAUAAUUUCACCACUCCUCAAGUCGGUUUGACAAACAUUGGUGCUCUUGUUGGAUCUCUCAUUGGCAUGGCAUAUGGUGGACCAUUUGUUGAUUGGGUUACCAUCAAGUUAUCUAUACGUAAUAAUGGUAUUAUGGAGCCGGAAUUCCGCUUAUGGACCAUGAUCGUUCCUACCAUUUUGAAUGCUGCUGGAUUAUUAGCAUAUGGCUUAGGGGUUUCAUAUGAAACACAUUGGUUUAUUCCUGCUGGUCUUGGACAAGGGUUUCUUGGAUUUUCCAUGGCUUCAUCAGGUGCCAUUUGUUUGACAUAUAGUAUUGAUUCAUAUCCAAAACUAGCAAGUGAAGGAUUGGUUCUCAUGUUAUUACUUAGAAAUUUAAUUGGUUGUGGGUUCACAUUUGCCAUUCAACCUUGGUUAAACAAAAGUGGAUUGAAGCUUACUACUUGGUUGAUGUUUAUGCUUAGUCUUGUCAUUAAUGGGUCAUUUGUUAUAAUGAUCAAAUGGGGCAAGGACUUUAGAAGAGCUACAAAGGACAGUUAUUAUAAAUAUUCUGAUCCGAUGUUUGGGGAAUUGUUUAAAAAAUGA